GUUUUAUUGAUAAAUAUAAAUACCACUCUUCCAAAGUGAUAGCUCAAUAAGUGUCAUUUUUUGGGGUUUUCUCUGUAGCCAACGAAAGAAGAAACUAGGGUUUUACGGUAUACCUACCUUUUUCCUCUUCGCUACUCUUCAAUCAAAUCCAAUAUGAGUCGUCAUCCAGAGGUUAAGUGGGCUCAGAGAGCUGACAAGGUCUACCUCACAGUUCAAUUGGCUGAUUCCAAAGAUGCUAAAGUUGAUCUUACCCCUGAGGGUGAGUUUAUCUUUUCUGGUAGUGCUGGGGCUGGAGAUAACAAGUAUGAGCUGAAAUUGGAGCUUUUUGACAAGGUUAAUGUAGAGGAGAGCAAAAUCAGUGUAGGAGUGCGAAGCAUAUUCACUGUAGUGCAGAAGGCUGAGAGUGGAUGGUGGAAGAGGUUGCUACGUGGAGAAGGCAAGGCUCCACAUUAUGUGAAAGUAGAUUGGGAUAAAUGGGUUGAUGAAGAUGAGGAUGAAGGUGGUGAUGUGGACUUGGGAGGAAUGGAUUUCUCGAAAUUUGGCGGUGAAGACGGAAUGGGAGGAUUGGGCGGCAUGGGAGGAAUGGGAGGUAUGGGAGGAUUGGGCGGCAUGGGAGGAAUGGGAGGAUUGGGAGGAAUGGGGGGACUAGAAGGAUUGGGAGGAAUGGGAGGACUGGGAGGAAUGGACUUCUCUAAAUUUGGUGGAAUGGGUGGUGCCGAUGCAAUGGAUGAUAUUGACGAGAGUGAUGAUGAAGGUCAAGAAGUGUCUAAGCCUGGUGAACAAGAUGCUGGAAAGAUAGGUAGUGAGCAAGAUGUUGCUGGCAAGAGCGCUGGCGAGGCAGCUACAGUGAGUAAAGAAGCUACUCCAAGCACUUAGAAACCUUUGAAAAUUGCUUAUAAAGGUUGUCAAAUGAAUUUUUCCUCCUGUGUACCAUUCAGUGGUAGUUUAAGUGGGAGACGUUUGUUUCCUCUUUGCUGUGUUGACUUUUAACGUUAGGGAUAUUGUAUAAUUGAGAUUUAUUUAAUGCAUGAAUGGCGGUGAUUUGUUUCUA